AUGGCUUCAACAGACAUGACAGUCGUCAUUCUCGCCGACGGCUCGAACAUCAAAGGGAACAUUAUCGCUGCGGGUAUGGAUGGCUACAUCAUUCGCGACACAACAUCAUCAACAGUCAUGAAGGUCCCAAAACUCACAGGAACCUACAACUCAGCAGACCGCAGCACCAAACCUAAUGUUCAUAACAACAUGUACACAAAUGAUUUGAGCCGCGAGAAGGAAGCCUAUCGACGAUUACAAGGUGUGCAUGGUAUUGCCAAUUGCUUGAAAAUAAGCGCCAAUGGACUGGUAUUCGAAUUCUACACCAACGGAGAUUUGGAAGACUACAUCAAACACAAUCCACCUGCACCCUGGAAGCAGAAAAUGAACUGGAUUCUCCAAAUCCUUGACGCGGUGAUAGCAUGUCACAAGAUAAGAGUCCUGGUUUUCGACAUUGCACUGAGAAAUCUCAUGCUUGACGAUGACAUGAACAUCAAACUCAUCGACUUUGCAAACAGUUCUUUGCUUCCACUUGACCAGGUCACCGAGCUUAUGGAUGAAGAUGGUUAUACCGCCGAGAUGGAUCUUCUGCAUGUCACCAAUGUAAUCUACUCCAUCUCUCGCUGA